AUGGCGGCGGAGGCCGUGUCGCGCCGCCUGGCGGCGGCAGUGCGUGAGCUCUCCGGCGCGUGGUACGGGCGCCACAUGGCCGCCGCCGAGCGCGCGAUACGCGCCCGCCUCCCCCUUUUAUUGAGUGUUGUGCGAUUGAGGAUCGGGGAGAUCAAGCAUGGAGAGAGCGAUUGCACGGGAACAGUCCUCCUCGUCGGAAUUCCUAAUGUUGGCAAGUCGACCAUAGUUAACGCAAUGCAUCAAAUUGGAAGAAUUGGAUGGUGGGAAAUGGCCGAGCUUACUUAUAUUCUUGUAGCCCAUGGAAAGCUUGUAAAACAUAUGAAGGUGCCCAAGAGGCGUGCCAUCAACUUCAGCAUCUCGACUACUUCGGCCUACAUCCACGUCGACACAGUUUGGCUCGAUGGGCUCUUCGUCCACUUCGGCGACGACUACUUCAGCCUCUUCCUCGUUGACACAGUUUGA